CCUCUCCCUGCUGCCUGGCCCCUCCCCCUCUCGCCUCUUCCCAGAAUGCUUUGUGCAGGAAGGGCAGCAGCAUGGGGAAGUGCAGGAAGAGGCUGGGGCCGGAGAUCUGAGUGUAAGAGGCGCCCAUUAUUCUGCUCUGAGCCCAACAGAGGAUCAGAGGAAGAUGAUGGAGGCCUCACAUGGGAUGAAGCUGAAUGUGAGUGACAUGAAGUGGAAGGAGGAGCCUCAGUGGGAAAGUAACAGUCGACUGAAGGAAGAUGCCAAGCACAACAAGCAGAAAGAGGAGGCAUUAGAGUGCCCGCUGUGUGCCAAGCGUUUCAGGCAGAGGCAGAACCUGGUGAAGCACCAGCGGAUACACACGGGCGAGCGCCCUUUCAGGUGUAAGCAGUGCGGCAAGAGCUUCAUCCAGAAGCAGCACCUCACCAAGCACGAGAAGCUGCACACCGGCCUCAGACCCUUUACCUGCCAGGUGUGUGGCCGGGGCUUUAGCCUCAAACACAACCUGAAGACCCAUCAGAGGAUUCACACCGGGGAGAAACCUUAUCCCUGCGCCAAUUGCAACAGGAGCUUCAGCCGCAGGGAGAACCUUCUCGUGCACCAGAAGAACCAUCAGGGAAAGUGUGUGCCCGUGGCUACUGCUCCGCUUGGUACUAAUGUGCCUGAGGGCCACACCACAAUACUAGCCUAUGUGAACCCUCAGGGCCAGGCCACUGUGCCAGCCUACAUCUAUUCCAAGGCACAGGCAACCAUGACAGCCCGUGCCUACCCAGUGGGCUCUCACAUAAAACCUGCCUGUGUCUACCUUGAGGGCCCCAAUAUCAAACCUGCUAGUGUCUACCUUGAGGGCCCCAGUAUAAAACCAGCUAGUGUCUACCUUGAGGGCCCCGAUAUAAAACCGGCUAGUGUCUACCUUGAGGAACAGCAGAAAAACACAGUCCCUAUCUCCACCGAGGGUCUAGAGCUAAAACCAGCUUGUGUCUACCUUGAGGGCCAAGAGAUAACACCGCCUUGGAUGUUCCCCGAGGGCCCAGAGCUAAAGCCGACUGGUAUAAAACCUGUAGCCUGUGUCAGCCCUGAGGGCCCAGAGAUAAAACCGGUUUGUAUCUAUACAGGGAGCCAGCAAGCAGUACCCACGGAGAUCAGGCUGAUGCUGGAGAGCUGGAAUUACGAGGCCACCGGCGAGACCUCCGAGAGGCCACCGAGCGAGGAGUUUGGGCUAAGCGCCAGGCCAUAUAUAUGCCCGCAGUGUGGCAAGCGAUUCAGCAGAAUAGAGAUGUUUGUCAAUCAUUACAAGAUCCACACGGUGGUUAAGCCCUACCCCUGCCCCAAAUGUGGGCGCAGGUUUGUACAGAAGCACCUCCUGAGCAAACACCUGGGGGCGCACUCAGGAGAACAGUCUCACAGCUGCAGCCAGUGUGGGAAAGGCUUUCGCUCACAUCGGGCCCUGUGUAAGCACCAGGAAGUCCAUAGUCGCAAGAGACCGUUCCUGUGUUCCGAGUGCGGCAGGAAAUUCCCGAGCGAGACCGCUUACCGAUCCCACAGGAGGAUCCACUCAAAGUGGCACCCCCAGGCAGACUCUGCGGAUUCCGGUGGCACGUCUCCACCCAGUGCAACAGAACGUCUGUCUCUACCUGAAGGUUUUCACCUAAACCGUCUCUUUAUCCCACCCAGGCUCCUGCCCCAUGUGAAAGGCUUCAGGUGCAAUGCUUGUGCUAGAAUGUUCCGCUGCAAGUGCACUCUCGUCAGCCACCUUGGCAUUCACUCUAGCGAGAGGCCCUUCCCGUGCCCGCAGUGUGGCAGGAGAUUCACUCAGAAGCCACAUUUAACCAACCAUCUAAGGCUGCACAGUGGCCAAACGGGCUACGACUGCCUCCGAUGCGGAAAGAUCUUCAGUAUCAAGCACAACUUGACCCGUCACCGGCGCAGCCACAAAGCAGAGAGACCACACACUCGUCCUGAUGGCGGGAAGGCCUUCUACCAUAGCCAGGCUCUGGCAAAGCACCAGACAAGCCAUAGGAUAGCCACAGACAAAGCACAUACUAGUGAGACACUAGUUGCAACGGAAGUUUCACUCGGGGACCCAACCCAACAAAAACAGUACUCGUGUUGUGUGUGUGGCCUCUGCUUUAGGAGACAAGUGUCUCUGUGCCGCCAUGAACUGUCCCACAAGGGCAGGAAGCCAUCUCUCUAUGCAGCCAAGCAAGACACUAAGGAAGGGGCCGGUGUAUGUGACCAGCCUGCCCAGACAUUCCUAGUGGAACGGCGAGCGAGCAGCCACCAAGCAAUGCACCCUAGGGACAAACCGUACCCCUGUGAUGUCUUCCCCCGGAGCUUUGGUCUGGAACUAAGCCUCGCCAAUCACAGAAAGGUCCACGGCACUGAGAAACUUCAGCCCAACCGCAGGCCUCACAACGCAAGGCCUCCGGCAGUGCUGACCAAUCACAACCCCACAAAUGAACUUCCCAAAACCACAGGAGGCGCAGGCGUUGCCCCCACAGUGCAGAUAUGCCACGUUUACCCCUGUUCGGUGUGUGGGAAAGUGUUCAAAUGGCGGCAGGCGCUGGUGAAACAUCUACGGAUCCAUUCUGGGGAGAGGCCGUACCCCUGUCAGGAAUGUGGCAAAAGCUUCAGGCAGAGGCAGCACCUCAAAAAACACGUAAGGCUCCAUACAGGGGAGAAACCCUUCACGUGCCAGGAAUGUGGCCACAGCUUCAGCCUGAAGCAUAACCUGCAGACCCACCAGAGAACCCACACCGGAGAGAAACCCUACGGCUGCGUCCAGUGCGACAAGAAAUUCACCCGCCGUAGCAUCCUCCUUGCCCACCUGAAAACCCACGGCCUGACCGUGCCCCUCACCAAAGAGCCCAAGCUGCACUCCCAAAAUGUCAUGCCAGUGGGACAGGUAGAAAUAGAGGUGGAGCUUGAUGUCCCCUGAUGUGCCCAGGUGGAUUCAGAACAUUAAGCCGCCCCCCGCCCCACACCGACCUCACUGAGACCAGACGCGGCACCCAGCCAAUGUCCUGUUGCCCCAAGCCCUAAACGAAAUAACCCUGGGCUCCCUUCUACCCCUUUUUGUCAUCAUAGUAACAGAGACAGUCCCUUCCUGGAGAACUGGGUAACGAAUGGGAAGUGGCACAUCUUAGGUCUGAGCGGCCAAUAGGAAUGGCUGUGUGGCUCCUUGUGUAAAUAAAGCCAUUGUGCAGUGUGUGUGAGAGUGAUCGGGCUGCACACUCACAGCUCCUUCUGUAAUUAAUAGUUUUCUAUCAAUAAAAUAUAUGCUGCUGAUUGAU